UACGAAACAGACGGGUAAUGAAGCGCAGGAACCAUCGAGCGAGGUGCGGAGGUGCUCUUGGAUAUGGUUCUCAGAAGAAAUCGGAGAUAUCAUGGAAAAUAACAUGUUGCUUCAAAAGUAACCUCGUGACGGAGAUGCGCGUUCCGUCUCAGCGCUUGAAAUUUAAAAUGGCAUGCCUUUAGGCCUAUUUUAUGGCUGUCAACUCAGCUCCGGCCGGAAAGAGGCCGGAAGACGAUGCACCACAAACUUUCGAAGAUUAUGUUACAAUUCUUUGCUACGACAAUGAUAUGCGCUGUGGAUUAGUGGAAGGCGCCAACAAGGGACUAUGGCUGCCUUACAAGGAAAUCAUGCAAGGCGAAAGCUGGGACAGUGCUGUGGAGUCUUUACUCAAAGAGCUGUCAAUCAAAGCUUAUGUCAACCAGGGCAUGAUCCAGGUGCUCCGGAUACAGCCAGGACUGCAUCGCCCAUUUUACACAAGAAUUAUUUUCACCAUAAAAGUAACGGAACCAGUUGAGCAGGAUGACAUGCAGGCAGAGCAGAUUCGCCUGCAGUGGAUUGCAGCAGACGAAAUUCAACGCAUGUCCAAAAUGCGUCCCUACCCGUUCAUGGGUGUGGAACCCGCCGAACUGUCCAAGAUGCUUCUACAGGCCAGGCAACUUCCCGUGCCGUGCGACUUCACAGAGAUCAAUGCAAGCGCAGCGCUCUCGUCGCAGGUCAUGCCUGCAAAGUCACAAAUUGAGCAAAUGCUAGAAUCUGCCAAGUUUGGCCAGCAAGAACAAGAUAUGGUGCGCUUCGACUUUUUCAAGUUUUCGCGGCCCAGCACCUACAUGAACGAGAGUACAUUCCAGGGGUACCUCAGCUCACUCGGCUGGGAAGUGUCCGCCUAUCUCGGCGAUUUGUUCAGAGCAAUGGACAUACACAACAGAGGAGCACUGACGUGGAAAGAACUGGUACUGGGGCUCGCGGCCAUGGAGCCGGGCACCCAGCACGGCGGCACUCCCGGAGAGCUCCGCUGCAGACACAUCUUUCGCCUCUAUGACACAAACUGUGACGGUGUUAUGGAAUAUGCUGAGUUCAGGAAAAUGGUGAAGGAUAUUCAAGAGAUGCGAGGUAUUACUAUGGACGAAGCUGCACUAGACAAGUUUACUGCAACCAGUGCUGCAAGUUUCAGCUUGCCAUUUGGAGGGCAACUACCGCUCAACGAGUUCCUCCUUGCUGUCGGACAGUUGAAGUUUCGAGGGACGUCCCUGUUGUUUCGCUCACCAUCAUCAGUGUUGCCAACGUUAAAAAAGAAAUACACGCAAGAAUCGCUUGUUGAACCAGUGACCAAGAGGUCAAAAACGUUUCAUCCCACUGUGGCCAACGAUGCAAUGGAUCAGAGUGCUAACUCAGAGGAGUCCGUGGUAACGGAAGUGACCCACAAGUUUCAGGCUCCAGGUGGCCAAUAUGACCUUGCGACCCACUCCGUGAAGGUCAGGAGAACGGGGACCCUGGUUGACGUUCUUUCUCUGUGGGACCUAGAAGGAACGUCUGCCGUCACCAAGAGCUCGAGGCUAAGCGAGAAGACAAGGUUUGAGCGUCUUCCCUCUGUGGAUUCAUUUAACCAAAAAUCCCACGCAAACGAAAUGCUAGCGGGGCUGCGCUACUUCGAGCGAGCAGUUCGCAAGGAAGCGGAUGGUCGGGCAGCCACUACAGGGCGACUGCCAAAGGACCCAUUCAGCUGGGGGGAGGUGGAUCGUCAGGCUUUGGCCCGCUGUCUCGUAGCCAUGUGCAAACAGACGAGAGAGCUGAUGUUUGCCGAGCCGAGGCUCCUCAAGCUAUCUGUGCCAACGUACAUUUUGGGGGACAUCCAUGGCAACUACAGGGACCUCAUCUGUUUUGAGAAAGCCCUGUGGCGUAUGGGUCCUGUCUUAACGCCGGCAAAUUUCCUCUUCCUGGGCGACUACGUUGACAGGGGAGAACAUGGAUUCGAGGUGAUUUCUCACCUCUUUGCACAGAAGAUAUUAGCCCCCGAUAAGUUCUACCUCCUGAGGGGCAACCAUGAGGUGCGCAAUGUGCAGAAGAUGUUCACCUUCUACAAUGAAUGUGUGAAUAAGUUUGGUGACCGUGUUGGUGCCGAAGUCUGGGAGCAGAUAAAUGCGUGCUUUGAUGUCAUGCCUAUAGCUGCUGUUGUCGACAAUAAAGUGUUUUGUGUCCAUGGUGGGAUACCGCCACCCUGGCUCGGCGGAGGAUUUUUAUCGGCAAUCAACCAGAUUCCCAAGCCACUCAACGAUCCUGAAAAUCAAUCUCCCUUGGCUUGGGAACUGAUGUGGAGUGACCCAAUCUCCAAUGAAGUUGCCUUGGACACCCAAAAGGCAUUCCUGCCCAACACCAAACGAGGCACAGCACACAUGUUCAGUGCAGAGGCACUGGAAGAAUUCCUUUCUCGCAACGAGCUGUCUCACGUUGUCAGGGCACAUGAGGUUCAACAGGCAGGGUUUCAAGUUCAACAAAAGGGGAAGCUGUUGACCGUCUUCUCUUCAUCCCACUACUGUGGAGGGUCUAACGAAGCAGCAUGCAUUCUUGCUGAUCGCCAGAAAUUGCGAACUAUACGACUGGACACAACGUAAAUUGCACUUGCUCUUCAUGAACUCUACCCGUGCUUCCCCACCAUGUAACAUAAAUAUCUUCCAAUCAUUACCAUUUAGUUGCUGUUGCAAGCAGAAUAAGAACCGAUGAACCUUUAGUGAUGUCUUCAGAUAACAAGCUUUUAUGACUGUCUUCAAACAGGUCACAUUUCUACACGCUUUGCACUCUCUCUCUGUUCUCGAGCCUCAUACAAAUUAUGCAGCCAUGGCAGUUGCUUUGGUAUGUGCUGGAAGGGCCCUUUUUGUGUGUGUUGAGGCUGGUGGCUCAUAUUAGCAAAAUAUAAGCCUAGCUACCAAAACUUCCAUGAAAAAUUAAAAUUUUAUGCCCCGUGGCACUAUAGGUAUUACAAAAACUCACUGCCGGUCUAUCGUGUGUACCUGUGAUCGUAAGAAGUUGGGAAAAUUUUUGCACGUUUACACGGUCAUGUUUUAAAUAGCUGCAUCUCAUCAGGUAAACGAGUGCACAUUGUACAUAAAGUGUGUCACCCACCGAUACCCUUGUUAUGUUUGUCUUUUGUCAUAAAAAGAUGGUUGGAAACAGAAUAAAGUAUACUUCCAACAUGCC